GUGAGCCCCGUCAACAUGGCGGCCGCCAGUGAGAGCUCCGUGAGGAGACGGCGCGUGGAGAGCAAGCGCGCGAGCAGCGAGGAAGAUGAGGAGGAGGAGGAGGAGAAGAAGAAGGAGAGAGAGACGGAGCCGCGAGCCCUGCGAGCCGGAAGUUACUGGCUCACGCGCAUCGUGCUGCUGCGCUCCAUCGCCUUCAUCUACUUCGUGGCGUUCGCCGUCGCCUACAACCAGAACAAGCAGCUGAUCGGCGAGCGCGGCCUGAUGCCCUGCGAGGACUACCUGCGCAGCGUCAAGCGCUACGUGGGCGGGAAGAUCGGCGCGGCGGCGCUGGCCUACACGCCCUCCGUCCUCUGGUUCCUGGACUGGAGCUGCAUGGACGCCAACCUGGACGGCGUGGCCCUGCUGGGGCUGGCGCUGUCCGGCUUCGUCCUGCUGACGGGGGCGGCCAACAUGCUGAUCAUGGCGGCGCUGUGGGCGCUGUACCACUCGCUGGUCAGCGUGGGACAGCUGUGGUACUCCUUCGGUUGGGAGAGCCAGCUGCUGGAGACGGGCUUUCUGGGGAUUUUCCUGUGUCCGGUGUGGAGUCUGUCCCAAGUCCCCCGCCGCUGCCCCCCCUCCCUCAUCUCCAUCUGGACCUUCAGAUGGCUCAUAGUGCGCAUCAUGCUGGGAGCUGGUCUCAUCAAGGUCAGAGGGGACAAAUGCUGGAGGGACCUCACCUGCAUGGACUACCACUAUGAGACCCAGCCGAUGCCCAACCCCAUGUCCUACUACAUGCACCGCUCGCCGUGGUGGUUCCACCGCUUCGAGACGCUGUCCAACCACUUCAUCGAGCUCAUCGCCCCCUUCUUCACCUUCACGGGUCGCAGGAUGUGCGCCGUCAACGGGGCCAUACAGGUUUUAUUCCAGGUGACUCUGAUCGUGAGCGGGAACCUCAGUUUCCUCAACUGGCUGACCAUCGUUCCCAGCCUGGCCUGUUUUGACGACGCGGCUCUGGGCUUCCUGUUUCGCUCCGGGGGCGGGGCCAAGAGGAAAGUCCUGGAAAUCCAGGCGGAGGAGGCGGCCGGGCGCACGCCGAAACCCACCCGAGGUAUGCUGAUGCGUCGGGUGGUGAACGUCUCUCUGGGCGUUCUGAUUGGCUGCCUGAGCGUUCCCGUGGUGAUGAACCUGCUGAGCUCCAGGCAGGUGAUGAACACGUCCUUCGACCCGCUGCGCAUCGUCAACACCUACGGGGCCUUCGGCAGUAUCACCAAGGAGCGAACCGAGGUGAUUUUCCAGGGCACCCUGAGCUCGGACCCCAAGGACCCGCAGGCGGUUUGGGAGGAGUACCAGUUCCUCUGCAAGCCGGGCGACGUUUACCGGCGGCCGUGCCUCAUAUCGCCCUACCACUACCGGCUGGACUGGCUCAUGUGGUUCGCCGCCUUCCAGACCUAUGAGCAGAGCGAGUGGGUGAUCCACAUCGCCGGUCGUCUGCUCGCCAACGACAGCUCCGUCCUCUCGCUGCUCGACCACAACCCCUUCCAGGGCAGAGACAAUCCCAGGUGGGUUCGAGGAGAACACUUCAGGUAUAAGUUCAGCUCGCCCGGCAGUGCCAGUGCGGCUGAGGGGAAAUGGUGGCUGAGGAAACGCAUCGGAGCGUACUUCCCUCCCGUCAACCUGGAAGGACUCAGGGGCUACUUCCAGUCCAGGAACUGGGCCCACCCGCACAUACCGGCCAACAGGAAGUUAAAGUCAUGAUGUCUGACGUGACAUGAGACUACAGCGCCCAGGGGAUGGAAAGAGGAGUCACACCCUGGGGCAAACGGGUGAUCAGGAAUUUGUUCAAAAGUUCAAAAUGCCAUGAGUGUAGUACCAAGAGUCAUUCCAAGAACCCUGGUCCUUAAUAUUACCACUAGUGCUGUCUAUCCAUCAGAUAGUGUCUGUGCGAUUUGGCGGGGUUUCCAGUCUGCUUCUCUUCACCCGAAUAAUCAAGUCUGGUCAAGUCAGUUUUAUUUGUGUUGCCCAAUAUCACAAUUUUCCCUCAAGGGGCUUUUACAGCAGCACAACAUCCUCUGUCCGUGGACUCCAUACAACUGGACUUGGAUCGCUUUUGUUUUGUUUUGUGCAGCUCAAACCAUCAGCUUCCCCCCAACGAGCACUAAUUAGAGGCGGACACACGCAGUUUGCUGGUGUUCUUCAGCAGGAAAUAGUUCCCAGUGAAACCCGUCAUCCCCAAGAACUGUGGUUUAUGUCGGGUGUCUGUAUUUUUGUUUUGGUAAGAGCUGUUGCUCUGGAGUUUGUCAAAUGUAAAUGUUUGAUGACUUGAGCUCCACAAAAUAAAACGAUCCACAUGCAGCACCGUUGUAUUGUGGUGAAUGAAGACAGACUGGAGACCUCACCAACCUGAAUGGGUAGAUUAUACAAGGGUUAAUUGGGAGAACAUUUUUUUUUGUAUGUUGGGUGAACUGUUCCUUUAAUAAAUAUCCUCCAUGAAGGGUUUACUGAAUUUCCACUGCACUUCCAUGAACCUGCAACAUAUCACGUUUCUUUAAGGAAACAUUUAGGGAUGUCCUGUCAGGAAUCAUAAGAUGUUUAUUGGACCUUGUAUUCAGACUGUGGCUCAUAAUAAAUAAAGAUGUAAUUUCAGCUGCUAUUUGAAUGUAAAAAAAAAACAAAAAACAAAAAAAAACGUCCAUCUAUUUGGAAUUUAUCUCUGGCAAUGACAACUGUCAAAAAGUCAAGUCAAAAAGAAAAAUUGUCACUGGAAUAUGAAUCGUGACUUGUGAACAGCCUUGUUUGCUUUUGGAAAAGGUCUCAUAAAUGAAAGGGUUGUGUAACGUUCCCGACCAGGAGAGGAGCUGCUAAUCAUCCAAGGUUAAAACGUGAAAAAUCAGCAACAGAAAUCACAGGGUUUUCACCUGAUAUUGCCAUUUUUUUUUUUAAAUGUCAUCCAGCUUCUUUUGCAUAAUUUACCUUUGCUUAAGAAUAUCCAAUCUAAGGUGCCUCUAAUUGGCUCAUAUUUAAUUAAAUCAAAAGGUUUUCUCUGACAUUCA